AUGCCGCAACAAGACGGGGGGGGAGCUUCAAACGCAGACGAGCCAGCAUCUGCCCAGUUCCAACAGGUGGCUGGAGCACAGCAAGAUGUCCAGUACAACCACAUGAUGAUGGCUUUUUUGCAAGCGCAGCUGAACAAAGUUGAGGAUCUGGAGAAGCCGCUACAUGCGGCUGAAGAUGCCGUCCGAUCAUUCGAAUUGCAAAUUGCCACUGGGCAGAGACUCCUUGCUAGGCAUGCAGCCCCAUUCAACAUUCGAGACUUCUACACGGUUGACAUUGCGCACGAUGGCGUGAGGUCAAUAUGUAAAGAGCUGAGAAGUGUAUUGUGGGAGUGGGGCAUGCAAGAUACAGUGCACAUUAAUGACACACUUUCCAGUGUCGAAGUGCAAAGGGACAGAGAUUACCUGUGCAAUCUGCUUAAGUACAUUUUGACAGGUGCCUGUAGCAAUGUAGACGAUCAAUCGCUCCAACAAUGGCAAAAAAUCAAGUGUGCACAUGAUGAUGCACAGGUGAUAACGGUGAGAAUGGUGGAUGAAAAGGACAUUCGUUUGGGAGACGAAGUUGGCAGAGGUGGUUGGGGUAUUGUGCAUGCUGGUGAAUGGCCUAGUGAUUCUGAAAGCACCAAGAAACAGGCCGUGGCGGUGAAGGUUCCAAAGAGUGAUGUGCCUGUUGAAGAGGUUGUCAAGCUCAUCCAUGAGGCUGUUAUACAAGGGUCCUUGAUGCACGAGCAUGUUGCGAAGCUCCAUGCAGCAACGAUCACCGGGUGGUUGGUGAUGGAGCUGGCAGACAAAGAUUUGCAGGUGGUGUGCCAGCAUGAGCUGCUUGAUUGGCGAUUGAAGCGCAAUCUCCUGCUGCAGGCAGCAGCCGGAGUCGACUAUAUGCAUUCCCAAAACCCAGUUUUGGUGCACUCAGAUUUGAAACCAUCCAAUUUCCUCGUGUUUGGUUGUCGGCCUGAGGAAUUCCUUGUGAAAGUCAGCGAUUUCGGCCAAACAUUCGAAAUGCGAGGAAACAGGAGCAAAACCAUUAGGAAAGGGGGAGGAACCCCACGGUGGCAUGCUCCAGAGAUCUAUGAGGACAAAGCCCCAACGGAGGAGUCAGACGUCUUCAGCUUCGGCAUUGUAAUGUACGAAAUUGUCACAGGAAGGACUCCGUACGGCAGAGUGCGUGAUAUCGUACUCAUGAAGAAGAAAAUUGAUGGAGAAGAACCAUGCGUUGUUGGGCGAAAGGACUGCCCACAGGAGAUGUUGUUUCUCAUGAGGAGCUGUUGCAAAGUAGAUCCGAAAGACAGGCCCACUAUGGCGGAUGUCAGGAAGUGUCUGGAGCAGCUGCCAGAAUACUGGCGGCAUGAGGUGUCUUCUGCUGGUGAGGGUCAUUCAGCACCACAGGGGCGCUGUCAACGACAGGGUAUGGUGUCACAGAAGUGGGAGGCAAGAUUCAAAGACAUCAAUUUCGAUGAGCUGGUGGUCGAUCCAGAACUGCUGGUUUCGUUCCGGUCUCGAUUGCGAGCAGUGCUGCUGGAGACUGCAGUUAAGGUUACUGGGUUCUGUGCAUCGCUUUCGUUCAAGGACCUGCGCAGGGGAUCUGUUGUAUUCAUGAUUGAGGUGGACUUCCCUAGCACCUGUGCUGCCGGUUGGUUCAAGGAGCAUAUGGAGCAGAGUGGCGAGCAGAUUGGGGAGGAGUUGUUGUUCUACCAGCAUGGACCUGAAAUGAAGAUGGUUCACGAAAUCUGCACCAUCGAUGCACAGGUGUCAGAGUUGGAGAAUCAACUGCAGGAGGUAUGGGCAGCAAUAACCGAUGUGGGGGGAUUUCAUUAUGGCCGUGAAAUUAUGCAUUUUCUGCAGAGCAGAAUCCGUUGCCAGGUCCAGAACCCUCUAAGGAUGCCAAACAGUGCAGCCAAAGAUGAAUGGAGGGGUGACUUGACAGCCUUGCUCUAUGAAAUGAAGGAUUUGCUGCGGUUGGUCCAGAGGCACAGUACCCUUGACGAUGCAGCAUUUGUGAGGACUGCUGACACAUGUGGUGCUGUGGAACAUGGGUUGAAAGCUAUCAGGUCAUUUGUGCACAAAUGGGGCCUACCAAGUGACUCAAAAUCUGAGCAGCACAUUGUGCCACCAGAACACUUGCAAAAUGAUCGGCAAACUCUGGAAAAGCUGCUGGGAUACAUGUUCGAGGAAUGCUCAUGGCCAUUUGAUAAGCUUGGUACUCAAGAACAGCAAAUAUGGGGAUCAGUGAAGCACUCUUUCCAGGAAAACAAGUGGCAACUGCCCGCGAUUCCUGAUGAUGAAGUAACGUGGGAUGACCGAAUUGCUGAAAAUGUGUACAAGGUCAGAUGGGGCCAGUCAAGGUUUGCAGCAAAGCAAUAUGUGGUGACUAAGGAGCUGGGCAUGCCCAUUGAGGAUUUUCAAAAACUGCACACAGAUGCUUGCCACAGUUGCUUGGAUGCCCAACAUUGUAUCAAACUGCAUGGAGUGACAAGAUCAGGAGCCGUACUGAUGGACCUGGCAGCAUGCAACCUUCAGGAAUGGUACUUGUCCCUUGCAUCACAUGCAAUCGAAGACAAGGUUGCCCUGAAGCUCAGGGUAUUGGCCCAAGCAGCAAGAGCCCUGCAUUCCGUGCAUGCCUGGGGCAGGAUAUAUGGAAACGUUAAGAGCAGCAAUUUUCUGCUGUUUGGUCACAAUUUGCAAGAUCCAGUUGUCAAGAUUGCCGACAUGCCACUAAUGGUCGAGUGCUGGCACAAAGAUUGCAUCCCUUCUCAGGCUACGGGACGCUGGAUGGCCAACGAGCUUUACCAACACCAAGCUCUGAGCUUCAAUUCUGAUGUUUAUGGCUUUGGGUGUGUUGCAUAUGAGCUCAUAAUGGAAGAUGUGCCCUUUGUGAAGAGCAGCUCUGAGCUCGAUGUGAUGAAUGCGAAAAUGAAAGGAAAGGAGCAGCUCCUUGUUCCCAAGGAUGUCGGCCGGCAGUGGCCUAAGGAGGUUCUGGAUAUGAUCCAACGGUGCUGUUCCUCUGAUCCCCGGGAAAGGCCUUGCAUUCGAGCUGUGGAUGGCUGUCUUAGGCAAUGGUACCCUAGUCGACCUGAGCAGGGGCUAGUGCCAAUUUGGAAUAAUUUGCCAUCGACUUGCAAGGAAGGAACUGCUCCUUUGUCACUUGCAGCACAGAGGGGCAAUGCUGUGGCAAUAGAAGCUCUCUUGGACAGGCGUGCACCGAUUGAAGUCCAGGAUAAGCAUGGGCGUACUCCCUUGCUGCUGGCAGCACAGAGAGGUCAUGUUGCAGCAAUAGAGGCCCUCAUUGGCAAAGGCGCCCAGAUUGAGGCCAGGGCAUUGGACGAAUGCACUCCCUUGCUGCUGGCAGCACAGGGAGGUCAUGUUGCAGCAAUAGAGGCCCUCAUUGGUAAAGGCGCACAGAUUGAGGCCAGGACCUUGGGCAAAUGCACUCCCUUGAUGCUGGCAGCACAGAGAGGUCAUGUUGGAGCAAUAGAGGCUCUCACUGCCAAAGGCGCACAGAUUGAGGCCAGGGACGUGGGCGAAUGCACUCCCUUGCUGCUGGCAGCACAGGGAGGUCAUGUUGCAGCAAUAGGGGCCCUCAUUGACAAAGGCGCACAGAUUGAGGCCAGGGAUUGG